AUGGACAACGCGAUGGAGGAACCACCUGCGAUAGACCCUAUAAGCCGACAAAUCCUGGCAAGGACAAACUCACAGCAUCGGGUUCCUGGUUCACAAUAUACUUCUCCGCCUUCGCAAGGCUUAUCUACUGCUUCGGAGGAGCCGCAGUCACUAAAUCGCCAAGGCACGAGUCUCACCGAGUCAGAAUCCUUAAGGCGGUCCGAUAGCCUAGCUAGCAAUAAAGGUCCGAAAGAGAAAAAAAAAGGCUUUCUAAGCCGCAUAUUGGGGAACAAGAAUCGAGAGGAGCAGCCAGAUCCUCCUGACAAUGUUUCCGAACUUAUGGACAAUCGAGAACCAGGUAACCACGCCGAAGUCUUCUCGCAACCCGUUGGUCUAGGUUACCAGCCCAACUAUCCAGCCCCGCAACGUUACAUCAGAGUCAAAGCGCAGAACAGGAAGAGGAGGGACUUUGAUCGGCUGUUCCUAGCGCAAAUACUGUCAGAAUGCGCCCCUCGAAGCCGAAAGGGCUCCGUGCAUGAGGUCGAUGCUAAGAUCCAUGGCAUUAACGAUCGCCCUGUCGUUCCACCACCCAAUUCAGCACGUCUCAAGAACAAUGCAGUCUGGGCUGCCGAAGUUUCAAAAGAUGGACAGUACUAUGCCGCGGCUGGCCAGGACAAGAAACUCAAAGUAUGGCGUGUUAUCUCAAGUGAUCAAGAUCGGGAGAGCCCCUUGAAAGGAAACGAGCAGGAUGUCAUACUUAGCGCGCCUGUUUUUGGACAAGAGCUCGUUCGGGAAUAUGAAGGCCACACAGCAGCCAUUCUUGAUCUGACGUGGAGCAAGAACAAUUUCCUGUUGUCCUCAUCCAUGGAUAAGACUGUGCGCUUAUACCAUAUCAGCCGCCCCGAGUGCUUGUGUGCUUUCAAACACAACGAUUUUGUGACCUCAAUUUCUUUUCAUCCCCGCGACGACCGCUUCUUCCUGGCCGGCUCACUCGAUUCCAAGAUAAGGUUGUGGUCGAUCCCGGAUAAGAAUGUCGCCUAUUGGGCACCAGUUCAAGACAUGGUUACUGCUGUUGCAUUUACGCCUGACGGCAAGACUGCGAUCGCCGGCACCCUGUCAGGCAUUUGUAUUUUAUACGACACUGAGGGACUCAAAGCACAUUCGCAGAUUCAUGUAAGGUCCAAUCGUGGCAAGAAUUCCAAGGGCAGCAAAAUUACAGGUAUAGAAACCAUACAGAUAUCAAGACCUGUAGGGCCGCCCGAUGUGAAGAUCCUAAUCACAAGCAAUGAUUCUCGCAUCAGGCUGUACAACCUUAGAGAUCGUUCUCUUGAGGUCAAGUUCCGCGGCAAUGAAAACAACUCAAGCCAGAUUAGGGCUUCCUUCAGCGACGACGGCAAAUAUGUCAUUUGUGGAAGCGAGGAUAAACGCGUGUAUGUUUGGCCGACUGGGCCUGUGGAGCGCCAGGAUCCUGAGAAACGACCUGUGGAAAUAUUUGAGGCUCAUACAUCGACCGUCACGACGGCAUUGCUGCUACCCACUAAGUCGCGCAGGCUUCUUGCGCGCUCCGGGGACCCAAUAUACGAUCUGUGCAAUCCACCUCCUGUACGAUUGCUAAGCAGGACCGAUUCUGUCCUUUCAUCUCGUGCACCCGCCGACAACGAUGAAUGCGGAUCUCCUGCGCAAUCAAGCAGUCCUUAUACAGACGAAAGUCCGCAAUACACUGCCAGAAAUUCCCAUACACAGGGUUUGAUUAUGGUAACAGGUGAUUAUACGGGCGAGAUCAAGGUGUUUAGACAAGAUUGUGCUUACCAGAAAAGAAGAGAAGGCUCCUGGGAUACAGCUAGUUUUUCACGAAAAAUGCUAGGUAGGAGUGGUUCGACUACCACAAAGACUUCAGAACGAUCGUCAACGUACAGAAAGUCGAUAACCUUGGGAGACUUGAGAAACCCUGCAAAUCGUGACAACAUCAACGAUUGGCGCAAUGCAAUUUCGGUUGCGAAGCCCCCUAGCGCUGCAACAAGCACGUCUGAAGUGGCACCAGGUGACGACUAUCGAUCAGCCCUUCAGACAGAACGCGGGCGUAGCGCGUCUCCUCAAAGCCGUGGCCGAGGAAAACGAGGAUUCGCCCGUAGAUUCUCAUUGCGACAUGGCUCAACUCCACUGGCAAAUUCUUCUCAGCCUUCAAAGGACGAUUCACAACGGUCACACACUGCUCAGAAUUCGACAGCUGAUCAGCAUAUGCUUCCUGGUGCAGACCGCAGCACUGUCAGUCCGAAUUAUCACGAUGUGUCCGACCAUUCGCAAAGGCAUACAUCUUCAAGGACUACAAAGUCAACAACGCCGAUGCAACCGCCUGAGUCGAAUUCUAUUCCUAACAUCUCUCUCACGAACGUGUCACCUGUUGUAAGCCGCGAUCAGGUUGACACUGUUAAAGUCACAAGUGACAACGAGCUCUUCCUUGACGGUGACCAUAGUUUUAUGGCAUAUGAUGUUCAGCACAAUUUUUUGCCAAUGGUCACCGCGCAACCACGUACGCCCGGCCCAGCCUUAUCACCAGGCGCUGGGGAGUUAGAACGCCUGGAAAGUGCAGUCAGUAUGCUGUCCGACGAAAGAGGUAGUCGAGACAGUGUUAGUAACACCACGACACCGACUGAGGAGCGGAGCGAAAGCCAUGGUGGUCCAGGUGGACUAGGCAUUACUGGUAUCAACAAUGUAGCCAACUCCGAGGGAGAGGAGCUGAAAUGCAAAAGAUGUGGCAGCGAGAGUUUCCUCAUGGUAAGACAUACAAUUGGUACAAGUCUCAAGUGUCGAAGAUGUGGAGAAGAGGUCUCUUGA